ACAUCCGUAUGUAGCCUUUUAUUGGAAUCUCUAAAAAGACUUAUAUUUAGGAACAGAGGGAGUAAAAUUUAACUUCAUAUUGCUCUAAGUCUUAUACUAGUUUUUUUGAACUGAAGUCUUAUACUAGUUAGCAUCAAAUUCUUUUAACUAGGUGGCUACAAGGGCAACCACCAGGUCGUUGCAGAAGGCAUGUCAGACAACUAGUGCAGUUGACCUUUUCUCGGCAGAAUAAAAUCCCUGGGUCGGGUUUAUUCUAACAGAGAACAGUUUUACAAACCAUAGUCCAGCAAGAGAGUGAAGCAGUCCUCGGGCUGUUUAUGGAAACAUUCAAGGCAGUUGCUGGUGUAUUUGCAGACAUCAAUGCAUGUCGGGAUUUUUUUGGCUGGGUCACACCAUGCAUCCUAGCGGCCCGACAUCAGCUGCUAGGUGAAGGCCAUUCAGUUGUGCAACACCGGAUUCUGGCUGAAAGGGAGCAAAUUCGUCAUUUGGAAAACAACAUUUGGAAGCUCCAGACAAGUAUGCCCAAGAUGCUUGACCUUAUUGAGCGUGUUGAGUGGCAGAGCCAUAAGAAACCAGCAGCCGAGCUUCUCCCGCACAUCAAGGAUGCAGUUUAUGAUGCUGAGGACUUUCUUGAUGAGUUCAAAUAUUAUGCACUCAGGUUGAAGCUUGAGGAGAGCAAGAAUUCAAGUGAAGAACACAUGCAUGCUGCCUUUCUAGAGUUCUUCAAAAGUAUCAAUGAUUGUGACCACUUCAACAAAGUGAAGGAAAUCCAGGGUAACCUAGAUCACAUCCAUUAUCAAUCCAAGGAUUUGAGAUUGCAUAAAGCACCAUUGAGGUUUGACAAAUCAAUCAGGCCAGAAACAAGUGCUUUUACUGAGGUGCCACAAAUAUUUGGCCGUGAAAAAGAACUGAAACACUUGGUGCAAAAGUUAGGAGUACAUACAAGCAAGAGAGGGAGGACCGAUGAUGAAGCCAGAGCGACUGAGUUGCGUGUGCUUCCCAUAUUUGGUAUGGGGGGUGUCGGAAAAACAACUAUUGCACAACAAAUUUGUGAUGAUGCAAAAGUGAAGGAGCACUUUGACUGCAUAAUUUGGACUUGUGUUUCUGAUGAUUUUGACGCAAAGAGGUUAAUUAAAGAGAUUCUGGAGCAGAUGGAACAAGAUACAACAUCUGAUAAUCUGAAUAAUCUCGUGAGAAAACUGGCUUGUUCUGUAGAAUCUAAGAAGUUGUUACUUGUCCUUGAUGACAUGUGGGGUGAUACAUUGAGAAAUGGUGGCGCGGAGUGGGACAAAUUUUGCAUACCUUUGAGAAAUGCCCUUCAAGGAAGUAUGAUUUUGGUCACCACUAGAUUUUAUGAGGUUGCUAAUCUAGUCUGUGCUGGCAUGAAGAGCUACGAGUUGGAGGGUUUGCAAGAUGUUGUUUUUUGGGAGUUCUUCAAAUCAUGUGCAUUUGGAUCCAAUAGGACCUGCAAUGACCUAGAGUUGGAGCGCAUCGGUAAAGACAUGCUUCAAAAGUUGAAGGGUUCUCCUUUGGCAGCCAAAACUGUUGGACGCUUGUUGCAAAGGGACCUAAGCAGAGCACAUUGGGAAUCUAUAUUAACAAGUGAGCUGUGGAUGUUAGAACAAGAUGUGACUGACAUUUUGCCAGCCCUUCGACUGAGUUAUAUGUACCUACCACCAUUAUUGAAGAGAUGCUUCUCAAUUUGUGCACUGUAUCCCAAGGAUCACAAAUUUGAUAAGGAGUUUUUAGUCGACAUUUGGAUAGCACAAGGGUAUGUGGAACUUCAAGAUGCAUCAUUAGCUUUUGACGAGCUUGUAAAAGGGUCAUUCUUCCAGAUAUCAGCCAAGUCAAAUUAUCAGUAUGUAAUUCAUGACUUGAUGCACGAUACAGCACAACUUGUCUCGAAGGAUGAAUGCUUCAUCAUAAAACAUGCAAGUGAUCUCGAUAAAAUCCCUUCAACUGUUCGUCAUUUGUCAGUAUUCACUAAUGAAAACGUUGGCUGUUCUGAAUUGAAGAGGUUAUGCAACAAGAAAAAAUUGUGGUCAUUGGUAUGCAAUGAAUCAUACAACAGUGCUAAAGAUUUUUCUCCCGUGAUUGAUUGUUGGUUCAAGGGACUCCCGAGAGUCCGUGUACUGAGUUUUAGGCUUUCUAGAGUAAGGCAGUUACCUGAGAGUAUGGGCAACUCAAAGCAUCUGAGAUAUCUUUGUUUACUUGGAAGUCCUACUUUCAGAACCCUUCCUUCAUCUGUUUGUCAUCUACACCUUCUCAAAACCAUAGAAGCUAAGGAUUGUGUGUUUCAAACUUUCCCUGAAUGCUUUAGUGAUGCUAUCAGCUUGCAAAAAAUUAAAUCAAAGGGCUUUAGUUAUGACAAGGAUCACUGUAAUGCCCUCCGUAUACAAUGGACUAGUGAUCAGUCGGUACAAAUGAUGGAGAACCAGAUUGAACGGUUGCCUCACUGGAAUCUCCAACAAUUGAGAAUAGUGCGUUAUGGAGGUGAAUCUUGUCCUAGCUGGCUCUGUCCUAAUCUCCUGCCAAGAUUACGUUCACUUAGAUUUGAUGAAUGUAUGAACAUUCAGUGUAUAUCUUUUUUUGAGCCGUACAUUUGUGAUUCAGACCAGGCAGACAACCUUCAUCAUCUUGAAGUUCUGGAGAUAUUAAAAUGUGAUAACAUCAAUUGGCAAAGUUUUGUGGCCUUACCCACUUCUCUUAGAACAAUUGAACUUUGUGACUUUGGGUACUCCACAGAUCACUUUGUGAGCUGCUUCCGUGACCUUAUCGUCCUCACUGAAUUGGAAAUACGUAGUAGCAAAUGUUUAUCAUCUAUUCCUCUGCAAGUCUGGAGUAGCAAUUUUCCAUCCCUUGAGAAGCUGCACAUUGUUCGUUGUGAAUCUCUUAUAUCAGUUGGGGUCUCUGAAGCAUGCAGCAGCAACAGAGUUGGAGCAUUCACAUCCCUUGUUGUUCUAUAUAUUUUCGGCUGCACGAAAUUACUGAGCCUUGAUGAAUUCCUAACACCUGAUUAUCUACCUGCUGUGAAGGACAUUUGGGUUGCGUGUUGUGAUGAAUUGACAUCCCUGCCAGUUGAUAGGCUCCACAGUUUUACUUGUUUGCAGAUGCUGGUUAUUAAAGAUUGUCCAAAGUUAAAUACACAGAUGGUAUUGACAUUACCAUCCUCCCUUAAGAAUUUCGAGUUGGAGUCAUGUCCAGGCAUAGAGUACAUCGAUAAUCGCCAGCUGGGGAGCACUCCAGCACUGGAGAAACUGAAAUUAACACACUGUUCAACCCUCAGAUCCAUUAGUGGUUCAAUAGCAGUUGCUCAAGUAGAGUCCGUGUAUAUUCUUGAUUGCCCGGAGCUGACGGAAGUAAGACAGCCUCUUCGACGUGGAAACUGGCGGAAUAUCUGACAGCAUUUACCAGAUGGUAUGAUUCGAAUUAAGGAGGAUAUGUAAUUUCAUCUUUUGCAAGUCAAGAAAGAUCCAGUGGUGUGUCAUCUCAGCAUAAUCCAGCCGUUAGAGCAUUACAUUUGGAGUUUGAAAUUGCCUGUGUGGUAAAGUCAAAUAGUGCAAUGUAUUUUACUUAUGUGGACAGUCAUGAUAUCGUGUGCAGGCCAUUGUUACAAGUAAACAGGAGCCGGCUGUUGUUUGAUGUUUCAUAGAGUCAUUUCCCCCUUGAGGUUUAGAUGUGCAAAUCAUAUUCUUCUGAAUCCAGUUUCUCUGUUGAAGUUUUGUUUUGGUAAAAAGGUUCCACGUUCUGUUCUGAGUGAGUACAAACAAUGUGUGACUCAGAACUCUGUUUUUCUUUUCUAGAAACAACUUUGUACUUCUCUAAGUGAAUCUCUUUUCUAGCAUUUUAA